AUGAAGACUUCUAUCCUUCUUCUUGCCGCCUCCGCUGGCGUUGCCCUGGCACAGCCUGCUUUCCUCAACGAGCGCGCCAAUUCAGUCUGUCCCUCCAUCAACGGCAACCCUCUUCAGCCUACUCCUGCAUGCUGCUUUACCGUGCCGUGGACUCCAGAACAUUAUCCUUACAGCGUCUGCAUGGCCCCUUCGAGUUCAACAAAUACCGCCGACUUCGAGGAAAGCUGCCGCAAAAUCAAAGCUACUGCCCGACCUCGGUGCUGCCCUAAAAUUUUGAUCGCCGAAAAUGAGAACGACAAUAUCGGUGACGACCUUCUCUGUAGAGACCCGCAGUUUGUUGCUUAG